AUGGCGAAAGAAGUUCUCUCCUUAGUUCAGAUCCUAAGGCUGAAAGCCCGGUUAUUGCCAAUCUCAUGCCUAACUUUAAUUGGAAAAGGUGUACUUCCCUUCCUGUCACUCCCACAACGAUACUGGUACAGGAAUCAAUGGUGCAAUCUGCUUAGAAACGAAAUUGAUGCUGGACGGUCAAUUGAAUUUGGAACCCAUUCUACAGAAGAUAACAAUAACUAUUUGGGCGAAGAAAAUGUUGUGGGAGAUGAGGAUAUCAGUGGGAAAGAUGAGGAUGAUCGUGGUACUGUGGGUGUAGAAGAUCUUGGGAUUUUGUGA